AUGGAAGCUUUGCCAGGUCUAAGUUGGAGGAAGCGCCAUGUGAUGGAUCAUCUUGUUACGAGGGGAGCCUUGGCUAAGCGCGGCCUCAGCAAAGGAGGUAUUGCCGGCGUCGUCGUCGGUGUCGUUGUAGGCGUUUGUCUCGUCGCCCUCUGCCUCUAUCCCUUUGUCGUUCGACGCAACCGACGACGAAGAAAGCAACUCGCUUCUGGUAUUUGCGACCCUGAGACGGCUGAGGUUCCAACCUCGGGCGGCACCGCUGUCGACGACCAACGUCAUGUAUCCUCGCAGGACUCGUUUAAGCCCUCAAGAGAGCUCACCCGUGGUGGACUAGAAGAUGGCUCGGUCAAGGACUUGCCCUGGGGUCAUCAUGAUGGACUAGCACAGCCCAACGGACAAGCUCAAGCUCAAAGUCAUCCAGGCCACGCGCCUCGGCUCGACACCAACAUACCUCCUUCUUUCGGCCCCAGCGACGCCCAGGUUGCCAACGACUCAAUACCCCGAUCAACUCCGUUCGACACUUACGAUGGAGAGUACAUGCCCCAAUCCAUUGGCGAUGCCCAUAAUGGCGUCCUCAGCGGAACAAACGCCGACUACUACAGUCCAUCGAUACCAUCAGAAGCAUUCGGCAUGUUUACGGAACCUGAACCUGUCGCUCAACCCCAACGGACUCUAUCAGGAAGUAGUUCUUUGCGGCACCACUUGAAGCUCAUGUUUAGUCGCAAGAGCACGCGAGAUCAGUCCAUGGGUUCGCCAACAUCGCUUUCACUCGCCGAUGUUCCUGAGAAUGCGCCCGAUAUGCCUCGAUCUACUCACGAUGGUCCUUUGCAACGAAUCACAACUGCAGGUGAUCCCACUGAAUCUCCGACCGAAAUAACACCCCCAGCCGGCGAGUCGUUGCCAGCACCCUCUGGCCAGGCUCUUGGCUCCCCGAUUGUUCUCCCGUCUACCCUGCCCAAGGGGGCUGUGCAAACUCCUCCAGACUCCCCGCCGACCACCUUCAAGUUCAAUGCGUCUCAAUCCCCGCCUACUAAUCCCGCUCCUGGUACGGUGAAUCCUAUGGAUAUUAUGCCAGCCUCAACUGAAAGCGAGGUAUGGCAUCGAACAGACUACCAGAUGUACAUGGCUCAGUCAUCACCAAACCCUGGCCCUGUGCCAGAAGCGUCGCCUAUGCCGGAAGGUCCAUCGCAUCGAGAAGAGCCAACAGACUCGCCCUCUCCGUUGACGCUGCCUCCUAACAAUCCUCAACCCCUCCCGAUCAUCCAGUCGCCUACACCCACGCGGAACGAGUCGGUGCUCAAGCAAGAGCCUAUCGAGAUGCAAGAUGUGCAGAUGGAUGAGAUUCCCUCACACUCUCAUCUAAGUCCUCUGCCUGACCUCAAUUCCCGACACGCCAGCUAUCCCUCUGAUGCCUCUACUCCUCAACCGGGUCCCGCCUCUACCAAUGCUUCGACCUUGAACACUCCCGCUACACAGCUUGAUACGCCAUCCCCCAACUCGGUGGCUAAUUCAUCCGACUACCAACACAGUGUGUCACCGAGGAACGGCGCGACCAACUUGUCCCCCAGGAACGGUGCCUAUGCGUGCGAUGAGCCUGGAUGCCACCAGGUGUUUGACCAGCCGCAUAAGCUCAAGCACCAUCAGCGAUAUCACACCAGGGAUCACAAAUGUCCUUACCCUAACUGUCAUAAAGGAUUCGGAACCAAAACUCAUCUUCAGCGACACAUCAAUGAUCGCCACGAAAAGAAGAAGAAGUUUCAUUGUUCAGUACCAGGCUGCGACUACUCCAAGCAAGGCGGCAAGGGGUUCCCUCGCAAAGACAAUUGGAAACGACAUAUGACCAAGAUUCACAACGUGGCGCCCAUCAACCUACCAGAGCCCGAAGAGGUCGACUAUGAGAUGAGUGGCGUGUAG